CUCGUCCCUUAAAUACCCUGGCAGAGCUCGAGGAGCUCGGGAGAUACCGAAUACCCCUGUCUUUUUUUUCGUGGUUUUCCCGCGGUUUCUUCGAGUGCGAGUUGAAAAAUGGACGUUGAACAAGCUGCCGCUGCCCGCGCUGCAGCAGACCACGACAAGAAUAAAGAUGCGCCAUCGGUCUCAGAAAACCGCUCUGUCCACGUCGGCGACAGCGACUUGCUCGGAGGAGAGAAGCUAGACGCGGUGCUGACCGCGAAGAUGGCUCUGGUGAACGACGCAAUCGACGAGAUCGGCUUCACCCCGCACCAGUGGAAGCUCUUCUGCCUCAAUGGCUUCGGGUAUGCUGUUGACUCGCUCAUCCUCCUCCUCCAAUCCAUCGUCUCGACGCAAGCCGUCCUCGAGUUCCGACCAAGCUUUGACACCGGUCUCACCAUCGCCGUGUAUGUGGGUAUGCUGGUCGGCGCACUCUUUUGGGGAUUCUCUGCGGAUGUCAUCGGUCGUCGCUUCGCUUUCAACGUUUCGCUCUUCAUCUCCUCCGUGUUCACCAUUGUCGCAGGCGCAUCGCCGAAUUGGAUCGUUCUCGGUCUAUUCACGUGUCUGAGCGCGUUCGGCGCGGGAGGAAACCUCGUGCUGGAUACAGCCGUCUUCCUCGAGUACCUUCCCAGCACGCACUCGUGGCUGGUGACGCUCAUGGCGGCCUGGUGGGGUGUCGGCCAGCUCGUCGCAGGCCUCUUCGCCUGGGCAUUUAUGCCCAACUACUCGUGCGCAGACGCUGCUUCGUGCACGCGCGACAACAACCAGGGCUGGCGGUACGUCUGGUACACCUCGGGCGCAUUCGUCUUUGUCCUCUCGAUCCUGCGCGUCACCGUCGUACGGCUGGAAGAAACACCCAAGUUCCUUGUCUCAGAGGGCAAGGACGAGAAGGUCGUCUCCGUCCUGCAGAAUAUCGCCAGGAAGUAUAACCGGCCCUGCAGUCUAACCGUCGAGCGUCUCUCCGCCUGCGGCGUAACGCGCACCCGAAACAGCGGCACAUCCAGUACCAAGAAAUCCUGGAAGAUCAUCUCGUUGCGCGAACUAUCGUUCCACCUCCGCGGCCUCUACGCAACCCGCAAAAUGGGCCUCUCAACAACUCUAAUCUGGUUCUCCUGGCUGCUCAUCGGCCUCGCAUAUCCGCUCUUCAACGUCUUCCUCCCACAAUACCUCGCAUCCCGCGGGGCCCAAUUCGGCGAAGAUAGCCCCUACAUCACGUGGCGGAACUAUGCCAUCACAAACAUGUGUGGGAUCUUCGGUCCCAUCCUCGCAGGGUUCAUGUGUCGGUCGAGAUGGUUUUGGGGUCGACGCGGGACGAUGAUCAUCGGCGCCCUGGUCACCAUGGUGUUUUUCUUCAGCUACACGGCUGUGCGGACCGCCGAUCAGAACGUUGCGUUUACGUGUGUGAUUAAUUUCUGUUUGAACAUUUAUUAUGGAACGCUUUACGCGUACACGCCGGAGGUGCUCCCCUCCGCGCACCGCGGCACAGGAAACGGUAUCGCGAUCGGUCUGAAUCGGAUCAUGGGAAUUGUCAGCGCGAUUGUCGGUCGCGAGGCGGAUACCUCAACCUCGGUGCCGCUGUAUAUUUGCGCAGCACUCUACAUCGUCAUGGCGAUUGUAGCGGGCGUAUUUCCCUUUGAGCCAAUGGGGAGGCGCAGUAGUUAGAUCACAGGCUCGUUUUUCCCUAUUGAAGACAUAGUAGGCUUGGAGCGACAGUAGUAGAUGUGCCUGAUGUAUAUGGUGGACAUUCAAGAACGGAUCUAGAUAUACUUGGAUGAGCCCAUGCAGCUGAUUGUUUGAUUUCCCCAAUGCGACACACGAUGCGAAGCGUGAAAACGAUACGGUUGGCCCAGUGCAGUUACAAUGAAUCAUUACUUAGGAGUAUUCUGGUAGGUUGCGGGAUGUUGCUUUGGAACCUUUGGCAUUAUGUUUUUGUGUAUUUUGCCAGUAUUGCCCGG